CCCUGGCUUGAAAUUACAUUUCGCCCACGUUUUGUAUUUUCUGUGAUAAAAGAAAGGUAACAGCCAAACUUUACUUUAUUUCUCAUAUUCAAAAUGAAGCUUUUCAUUUUAUUAGUAGUUGCUGUUGUAAUCAACUGUGAUGUGAAUGUUGAAGAUUAUUUAAAGCAAUUCGGAUAUUACAAUCCCAACAGCUUUGAUGGCAAAACAUUGACAGAAUCUGUCAAAACCUUUCAAAAAACGUUUGGACUUGCAGCAACAGGUGUUGUUGAUGAUGAAACGAAGAAGUUAAUGAACACACCAAGAUGUGGUAUGGCUGAUCAUCAGAACAAUGCUUUUGCUGAUAAGAGAUGGAGAAGCACCGCCUUAACCUAUUAUUAUAACAACUACACACCAGAUCUUGAUCGAAAUAAGGUCAGAGAAUUGACAAAAGAUGCUUUCAAGUUUUGGUCGGAUGUGACACCAUUGACAUUUACUGAGAAGUCAGGAGGAGACAUUGUAAUCUCCUUUGGAUCUGGUGCUCACCAUGAUGGCAGACGCACUUGUGGAUAUCCUUUCGAUGGUAAAAGUGGUGUACUUGCUCAUGCGUUCUUCCCUGAAGAUGGUCGUCUUCAUUUCGAUGACGCAGAAACUUAUACAUACAAAUCUUCAUCAGGUACAAAUUAUCUCUGGGUGGCUACUCACGAGUUAGGCCAUAUACUUGGAUUGGAACACGAUACGAAUAACAAAAAUGCAGUGAUGUAUCCAUACUACCGACCUUAUAACGCCAAUGGCAUGAAGCUACAUUCCAAUGACAUUUACAGAAUUCAAGCGCAAUAUGGCAAAAGCACAGGUGGUGGUGGACCAAACCCACCUCCUACUCCUGCGCCCACCCAAUCUGCCUGCAUUGAUCGAGUAAGCAACUGCGAAACAGAUAAGGACAAAUGUGAUGGAUACAGCGAUCCGUGGACCGAGUACAUGCGCAAAUAUUGUGCAAAGACUUGUAGAAAGUGCAGUAGCGGUGGAAAUUGCAAAGACCAGAGUUCCAACUGUUAUCAAUACAAAUCUAAAUGCAAAGGAUACAGUAAAACUUGGACUGAUUACAUGUCAGAACACUGCAAAAAAACAUGUAAUGUUUGCUAAUGUCCUGUUGAUGAGAACAAAACUUAGAAAA